AUGUUUCUUUUCCUAUCAAUCUCUUGUUUACUUUUGCCUAUCAUUCACCAAUUAUUUUUCCCUAUCAUUCCAUCAGUUUCUUUUCCCUAUCAUUCCAUCAGUUUCUUUUCCCUAUUAUUAUCUCUGUUAGUUUUUCCUGUCAUUCUCUGUAUUAGUUUUCUCUAUCAUUCUCUUUGUUUCUUUUUCGUAUCAUUCUCUUUGUUUCUUUUCUGUAUCAUUCUCUUUGUUUCUUUUCCGUAUCAUUCUCUUUGUUUCUUUUUCAUAUCAUUCUCUUUGUUUCUUUUUCGUAUCAUUCUCUUUGUUUCUUUUUCGUAUCAUUCUCUUUGUUUCUUUUCCGUAUCAUUCUCUUUGUUUCUUUUUCAUAUCAUUCUCUUUGUUUCUUUUUCGUAUCAUUCUCUUUGUUUCUUUUUCGUAUCAUUCUCUUUGUUUCUUUUUCGUAUCAUUCUCUUUGUUUCUUUUUCGUAUCAUUCUCUUUGUUUCUUUUCCAUAUCAUUCUCUUUGUUUCUUUUCCGUAUCAGUCUCUUUGUUUCUUUUCCGUAUCAUUCUCUUUGUUCCUUUUCCUCCUACCAGUCUCUCGGUUUCUUUUCCUCCUACCGGUCUCUCGGUUUCUUUUCCUCCUAUCGGUCUCUCUGUUUCUUUUCCGUAUCAUUUUCUCAGUUUCUUUUUCCUAUCACUCUUGCAAUUUCUUUUCCCUAUCAUUCUCUAGAUUUCUUUUCCCUAUCAUUCUCUAGAUUUCUUUUCCCUAUCAUUCUCUCGGUUUCUUUUCCGUAUUAUCUCUGUUAUUUUUUCCUGUCAUUCUCCGUGUUAGUUUUCUCUAUCAGUCUCUUAGUUUCUUUUCUGUAUCAGUCUCUGAGUUUCUUUUCAUUCUCUUGGUUUAUUUUCCGUAUCAUUCCAUCGGUCUCUUUUCCAUAUCAUUCUCUCGGUUUCUUUUCCUCCUAUCAGUCUCUGUUUCUUUUCCUCCUAUCUGUCUCUCAGUUUUUUUUUCCUUAUCAUUCUCUUUCCUUUGCCACUUUUAUUUUUUCCUCUGUUGGUCUCUCUCUCUCUCUCUCUCUUUUCCUUCACAUGGCCAUACUGUUCCUCUCAUCUCAUGUGACUAGUCUGUUGGUCUCUCUCUCUCUUUUCCUUCACAUGGCCAUACUGUUCCUCUCAUCUCAUGUGACUAGUCUGUUGGUUUUCCUUGCUUGGCCAUUCUGUCUCUUUCUGUUUUUUAUUGUUUACUCAUUUUGCUGUCUGCUUCUUUCUAUAGACAUUCCCUUCAUGUUUGCCUUGUAA